AUGACAUCCAGUAUAUAUGCUGAUCUAUAUAUGCAAUUCAGAGACCAAGUAGCUAUCCUUUUAACUGCAAAUUCAUUCAACAUUGACGAAAAUUUUGUAAGCGAUUGGAUUCAUUCUGAUUGGGAUAAAGAUUUGAUAGUUGACAAACAUAAUGUUUACUUCACUAUCAAUUGCAAGUUUAAACAAAAGGCAAAAAUUGGUUUUAAUGACAUUGAGUUAAUUUCUAGUGCAGCAACUCUACUAGAUUCAUGUAGUGUCAUUGUUACUACAACCGGAUACUCAAAAAAUUCAAUCACUACAGCACAAGAGCUAGAAGUAAUUUUAGCUGAUUCCAAAAGUUUAAUUGACAAAUUAAAUAAGUUUGUUGAUGAUGAAUUGGCCAGAAAAUUCAAUGAAACAUUAUAUAAAGCUUUACAUACUUAG